AUGAUGGAGCAAGCGACUCCGGACGUAAAGGCUGUCGUUGAAAUCAACAAAGAACAGCCUGGAAAAGGCAAUUUUGUUGUUCGAGUAAGUGGUGUCGAGGCUACAAUUGUUGAGCUGCUUGGCAUGAACCGUCCCUUUUACGCGCUAAAUGCUUUGGAUAUGGAGGAUGUUUGCGACAUGGUGAUUGAAGCCAUCUCUUAA